CCGGUUCCGACUGGUCGCAAAACAUACUCAGGACGGUAUCACCACGGAUAGUGACUAAAAGCAAGCGGCCCCGACGGCUGGCUACUUGAAAAAUGGAAGGCAGAGUGACGGCCCUCCCCAGCCUUUUUCAGCCAUCGCUCGACGUCGCGACCCGUCAUCCGAGCAGUCGGUGCUACUGAUCGUCCUUCCCUGACCCUAAUUUCCGAGCCCGACUUCCGACUUUGGGUGGUUCGAUAUCCGAUCCACUUGUCGGGUCCUUGCGUGUAGAGAUAACCUCGUAAUUCGACACAGCUCAACACUCACAACUGACGGCUGAACAUCCUCCUUCGCUCGCGCUCAUCUAAAAGUCGGUUCGAUCCCCGGUACAUGCUCGCUGCAUAUAAGCCGGCAGGGGAUCAAAAGUGACUUGAGCAGCACGAGGGAAAAGACUAUGGCUGACAAAAUGUUGGCAACACCUGUUGCCAAACCAGUAGAGAUCUUUGUCGACACCAGGGGAGCGCUGAUCAUCGACGAAGAAGGCGGGCCGGACCAGAGGGACAGUAGAGACAUCUACCUGCCGAACCAUGUCGAAAGUGUUUCGCACAUUGCAGUAGACAUCGGCGGGUCGCUGGCCAAGGUCGUCUACUUUACGCGCUCCCUCGCAGCGACAAGUACCAAUGCCUCGCCUGUCAUCGGUACGCAAACGCUCGAGCCGGAGCCCUUCCACAACCGCCUGGCCGAGCUGCAGUCGUCUGGCGUCAGCGCAGGCGCAGAGUCUCCCCGACGAGGCGCUUUCCCUGAGCACUCUCGCGAAAGCAGCACAGGCGGCCUUGCAUCGCACCCUGCCUCCUCACCUACUUCUUCAGCUCACCAUGGCACAUUCGGAGCUGGCGGCGCAUCGGGCGCAAGCACAGCGAUGCCCCGCUCGCCAUCCAGCUCAAGCUUCCUACACGGCGGCGGGCGGAGUGGGACGCUGACGCCGACUGCCGUCCUGCGCGAACGCGCCCCGUCCGCAACGUCGAUAGGCUACGUUCCCGCCAUGCACUCCUCUUUUCUCAAGCGGCGCUCUCUACCUGCAGCAUUGCCAGGCGGCCGGCUGAACUUUAUCAAGUUCGAGACGGAGCAUAUCCACGACUGUGUCGCCUUCCUCAACGAGCUGAUCGAUCGCAGUGCGCAAGCGCACGGCGUCGACAGCGAGCAGAUGCGCAAAGGUGUGCAAGUCAUGGCUACCGGUGGCGGUGCGCACAUGUUCUACGACCUGUUCGAGCGAGAAUUAGGCGUCGAGGUUCGGAAGGAAGACGAGAUGGGCUGCUUGAUCACCGGUCUAAACUUCAUCACACUCAUCCCCGAUGAGGUGUUCUGGUACUCGGACGAGCUCGUCUCUGCCCUUCAUCAGCCACUUCCGAUGGAACGACGGGCUGCGAUUGAAGAGGGCAAGGAGGUGGCGUCAGCGGCAAAAGCAUCUCCACAUGCAGCAGUAAGAACCAACGGCGCACCGGGCCAGCAAGCAGCAGCGGGCCCGCAACCACUACCCCGACCAUCUCCGAAUCCUCCGCUGUACGAACCGGUUUUUGACUCCCAUCCCUCUCCCAAACUACCGUGUCUGCUGGUCAACAUUGGCUCGGGCGUGUCCAUCAUCAAGGUAGACGACUAUGGCAAGUACGAGCGUGUAAGCGGGACCAGCUUGGGUGGCGGAACGCUCUGGGGCCUGCUGAGUCUCUUGACGGAUGCUGGAAGUUUUGAUGAGAUGCUCGAGUUAUCUGAAAAGGGCGACAAUGCAAGUGUGGACAUGCUCGUCGGUGACAUCUACGGUUCGGGCGUAGGCGGGAAUGCGCUCAACUCUUUCGGGCUCAAAUCGUCUACCAUCGCUUCGUCCUUCGGUAAGGUCUUCCGGAAAGAUGGCAGCCAGCGUGAAGGCGCCGAGGGGAGGAAGCGGCGCUUCAAGGCCGAAGAUAUCUGCCGCAGUCUGCUGUAUGCCAUCAGCAACAACAUUGGACAGAUUGCAUACAUGAACGCAGAAAAGUACGAUCUUGACCGGAUCUACUUUGGCGGCUGCUUCAUCCGAGGACACCGGUCGACGAUCUCGACGCUCUCGUACGCCAUUCGCUUCUGGAGCAAGGGGACCAAGCGAGCCUUCUUCUUGCGGCACGAAGGCUAUCUCGGCGCUGUUGGAGCGUGGAUCAAACACAUCUCCAUUGCCGACCCACCGCUGCUGCAGCAGCCUCCGGCCGUCGCCGCCGUACCUGCAGCCGCUGGGUACGAGCCCGGCCGCAGCGCGACUGCCAUCGCAUCUGGGGCCGCCGCCGAUGCCCAGUCCUCAGCCUGUGCUUCAAGGGCGGCACGUGUGCCGCCAUCGACGCUGCCUGUGACGGUGCUCACCGAUACCGUCUCCGCGCCGCUCGUCUCUCCUCCGCUUUCCGACUUUGAGGGUCAGUCACUUGGAGGGCACAGUCUGCCUAGCUUGCUGGCCGAAGCACUGGGACCCAUCGCUGCGUCUCAAGUAUCUUCGCCCUCACCCACCUCGACAUCCACAGCGACAGAACAUGAAGCAGCAGCAGCACCCGCACCCCCCGCAUCUCGGAUACCGGACACCAGCAAGCCGCAGCACCACAGCAUGCGGAACGGGCAUGAUGCGGCGGCGGAGCAGCCCCUGAAUGGGAGCAUUGGAGCCGGGGCAGGAGCAGGAACGGGCGUCGCUGUCGCGCCGGCGCUGCCGCGGAUCCCGUUAAAGCGCGAGCACUUUUCAGCUGGCACAAGCGGGGACGACACGGGCGCGGAGGCCGGGGAGGGCGACGAGGAUGAGGAGGCGGACUCGCUGGACGGGCUGCUCGCGUCGCUCUCGCCCUCGGACCGCGCAAUCCUAGCGCCGGUGCUAAAAGAGCUUGACGGCCCCCGCGGCUCCGGCUCUGGUUCUGGUCUGGGCUCUUCUGCUACGGGGGACGAAGAUGCGCACGCGAUGGCCGAGCUGCUCGCCAGGCUCGAGGCGGCCGACCUCGCCGCGGACGGACUGGAGAGCAAGCUGGACGUUCUCCUCUCCCAGCUCGACGGCGCGCUCGGGCUCUGUGGCGCCCAAGAGGCAGGCGACGAUGCGGUCCAGUCGGACGAUCGAUAGCAGCCUGUAUGUAGGCAUGCGGCUGUUGCACGACAUAAUACAUAUGUACAGCGCUCGAGGUGCACCUGCGUGCCACGAUUGCGAGUUGUGUG